AUGGAGUCGGACGCACUUGUGACCGACGCGAUUGUCGUCGGUAUCAUUAAGGACGUCAUCAAGAGUUCGGAAUGCCGUCAUGGCUUUAUUCUUGGCGACUUUCCACAGGCGGUCGUGCAGGACAAAAAGCUUGACGAGAUGUUGACGAAGGAAAACACCUUGGUGGAUGCUGUGGUGAUUAUUAACGUGCCGGAAAAAAGUGCUAAUUGA